AUGACCUUCUACGAGAAAUCGCUUUUACAAGACGCUUGGAGAAUGGAAGACCAGAAGCUCCUAUUGAUCUUGAAACUCGAAUCUGCUGAUCUCAAUUGCACUCGACUCAAUGUUCUUUCUCAUCGUACUAAUAAUGAAUGUUUGGUGUGCCAUAGACGUAUUAACAUUCACAGAUUAAGUUUGCAAUCCAGAGUUCAUAUUUUUGUAGAGCGAAACAUUUAUGUGCCAGCAAGAUACUGUUGCUGUAAUGAGCAUUUGGAUGAAAAGGGUUUAUUACCACUCAAUAUUAUUGAAGAUUUCAGGUUCAUUAAUAGACCAUACAUUUUGAAUGGUCCAGAAUUACAAUCAUUUGUUCAAGCGAUGCGUGAAGAAAUUGUGCAUAGCCCUGUACGCAGAUAUGAAGAUGAACGCACUUUAACAGAUGAACAAUUUGCAGCUAUUUCUCCUAUUUCAAAAGAUAACUUUAAUGAUCUUUUCACAUACUCUGAUCCUGUCAUCGUUCCAGGUGGCCAUCGUUAUGUGUCUAAAAAAGACCUUCUAUGUUUCCUGUAUAAGUUAAAACAGGGUCUUUCGGAUGAAUUUUUAUGGGUAAUGUUCCAUUAUUCUUCAAGGCAAGCUACGAGUUUAGCAAUCAGUACAGUUCGACAAUCGUUGAUGACGAGAUUUGUAGAUGAGAACAUAGGGUUUGGAUCAAUAACAAGGGAGGAAUACAUAGAAAGACAUAUAACACCAUUUGCAAAUCGCUUGUAUAAUGCCACACCUGAAGAACCGACGGCAAUUGUGUACAAUGAUUGUACUUAUCUAAAUAUUGAGAAGAGUUCUUGUUUUAAAGCUUUGCGUCAAUCGUUUUGUGUUCAUAAGAACAGACACUUAUUAAAACCUGCCAUGUUUAGUUCCAAAUGGAUGUUGACGGAAUGCAAAGAUGGUUUAGAGCACAAGACUUUCAUAUUGGAUCGCGGAUACCGAGACGCCAUUCCUAUUUUAACGGAUAUUGGCUUAGUUACAUUGAUGCCACCUUUACUUGAUCGUAAUCAAGCUCAGUUCUCAACAGAAGAUGCCAACCAAGCUCGAAUCAUCACAAAAACUAGAUGGAUCGUGGAAGCCAGAAAUGGCCAUCUGAAAAGUUUAUUUAAAUUCUUUGCAAACGUUAUUCCUACGUCUCAUAUUCCCAACUUGACUGAUUUUCUGCGUAUAGCCGGUGCUAUAAUAAAUAAAUAUCAUAGAAUAAUUAUGAUGCCUGAUGCAAACGUAGAAUUAGCAGAACAGAUGUUAAAUAAAGUUAACGAACUCAAUCUAGUGCAAGCUCGAGUAGAAGUUGAAGGUCUUCAACGAAGACGAGGUCGAUGGGAUAACCUAACUGCAAUGCAUGUGCCAUUGUUUCCGAAUUUGACUUUGGAAUAUUUACGAGGAUUAACUUAUGGAACUUAUCAAGUUGGGCUGGCACCUUCAUACGUUCAGGAUUCUUCUUUAAGGGCUGAGUUGGAAAAUGAAGAAGAAAUCGGAGAAGAUGAACAAACCUUUAAAAUCGAUCGGAAUACCAAUGAAGCAGGUUUUAUGAGAAUAAGAAUUUCCUCUAGAUUCAGAAAUGCUACGAAACAUCAAGUAUGGAUAGCAUUUAAUGAGGAGUAUAAUCAAGAGCAAGAUGUUGCAAAUGAAGGAGAACCUAUUCUUGGUUACUACUGUACAUGCAAGGCUGGAGCAAGAACUCUUGGAACUUGCGCCCAUGUAGCAACUAUUCUUUGGUAUUUGGGAUACGCUCGACAUGAAAAUCAGGUGCACUAUCCAUCGCUCAGAUUUUUGCGAAGCGUACAAGAUGCACAGAUGGAUAUUGAUCAAUUAAUUGAAAUAAUAGAUCCUCUCGGUUAA